AUGUGGGAUGCGGACAAUCAACAAUACGCCGUGGCUUAUGUGGUCUUUUCGUCUGUAUUCGGCUCCGCCUUAGGCCCUAUCGUUGGAGGUUUCGUCGAGCAAUACCUCGCCUGGAGAUGGAGUAUCUGGAUUCAGCUUAUCUUCGGCGGAUUCGUCCAAGCUUGUCACUUUUUCCUGGUCCCGGAAACUCGUUCAACCAUCAUCAUGGACAGAGUUGCAAAGAAGCGACGCAAGGCCACCGUUGACAGUUUCUUACUGAGCCGAUCGUGCCCUCCCAUCCACUGGAUCGGUUCCAUGGUCUUUGCGACUCUUGUGGGUAUCGCCAAUUAUGCGAUUUACAUGGUAAUCGUGGACUACAUGAUAUGUGCAUAUGGCCCAUAUUCGGCCUCUGCUACAGGUGGUAAUGGUUGGUCCCGAAACUUCCUUGCUGGUGUUCUCACCAUCCCUGCUACACCGUUCUUUGAGAGUGAGGGAUAUCCACAUCUUGCAUAUGACUGUUUGCUAACAUCGAUCUAG